GAGCUCUGCCCAGAGGGCCCGUCCACAACAGAGCCUCUGGGGACCCCACUGGAGCAGCCCUCUACCCUAGGAGGGAGGCAGCCAGGGGCAGGCCCUGAGACAGACAGUUCCUGCUUGUGUGCAUGUGAGUGCGCAAAGCCAGCUUCCGCCAAGAUAAUUCUUUAUAGUGUUUAGCAGCAAGGAAGAGGACACAUAUGUAAAGUCUCAGCCGGCAGAAGACUUCCUGAGUGGCCUCCUAAACAGCCCCCUGCAAACCUGCUGGACAAGAGAUUCUCAGAGGAUCCCUCCAGCUGUUACUGGUCAACCCCAGAGCACAGCAGGAAACAAGCACCUGGCUGUCAACCCUCAGCGCCCACCAUUGGUGAGAGGGACUGCAUUGGGUAGGGGAAGCCCCUGGCCAGUCACAGAGCCCAGAAGUUUCGGCUUUGAGGAUGGAGUCUAGUGGAGGGUCCUCAGUAACUCCAGAAGCGUCUUCUCUAGGAGAACACAGUGCUGGGCCUAGCAGCUCUGCCUUGGGGAAGUUGCGAGCUCUUCCUAUUGGGCCUGGUACCCACCAAGGGAAUGCUGAAAGCCUGGCCACAGCAAUGGAUGGUCACCCAGAUACUGGUCCCCUUGGAGAGCCAAGCAGCAUGAAGAUCCCCAACCGGGACAGUGGGAUCGACAGUCCAUCUGCCAGUGUGGCCGGCGAGAACUUCCCCUGUGAAGAUGGUGGUGAGGCCUCCCCAGGCCAUGCUGGCCUGGAGCUGCAUACUGAGAUAGCUAUGGGCAGCCAGGUCCCACUGGAUGUCCCCCGGGAAGAGGCCGACAGUGAUGUGAGUGAGGAGCCCGACUCUGAGAGCAAGCCCUCAAGGGCUGAUGAAGAUGUCAGCCUGGCCCAGUGUUCCAACCCUCAGAAGCUGCUGCACCUUGCCCAGGAGCUCCUGCACACCGAGGAGACCUACGUGAGGCGGCUACACCUGCUGGACCAGGUUUUCUGCACCAGGCUGACAGAAGCAGGAAUCCCUCCAGAAGUGACAACUGGCAUCUUCUCUAACAUUUCCUCCAUCUAUCGCUUCCAUGGGCAGUUCCUGCUGCCUGAGCUGCGGACAAGGAUCACGGAGGAAUGGGACACAAACCCUCGGCUUGGGGACAUCCUGCAGAAGCUGGCCCCAUUCUUGAAGAUGUAUGGGGAGUACGUCAAGAACUUUGACCGGGCGGUGGGGCUGGUGAGCUCAUGGACCCAGCGCUCUCUGCCCUUUAAGGAUGUUGUUCACAGCAUCCAGAAGCAAGAGGUGUGUGGGAACCUGACGCUGCAACACCAUAUGCUAGAGCCCGUCCAAAGGGUCCCCCGCUACGAGCUGCUGCUCAAAGACUACUUGAGGAAGCUCCCCGAGGAUGCCCCAGACCGCAAGGAUGCUGAGAGGUCCCUGGAGCUCAUCUCUACAGCCGCCAACCACUCCAACGCAGCCAUUCGGAAAAUGGAGAAAAUGCACAAGCUCCUGGAGGUGUAUGAGCAACUGGGUGGGGAGGAGGACAUUGUCAACCCAGCCAAUGAACUGAUCAAGGAGGGCCACAUCCAGAAGCUUUCAGCCAAAAAUGGCACAACCCAGGACCGCCACCUCUUCCUGUUCAAUAGCAUGAUCCUCUACUGUGUGCCCAAACUGCGGCUCAUGGGACAGAAGUUCAGUGUUCGGGAGAAGAUGGAUAUCUCUGGUCUCCAGGUGCAGGAUAUUGUGAAGCCAAAUGCAGCACAUACAUUCAUUCUGACCGGAAGAAAGAGGUGCCUGGAGCUUCAGACUCGGACCGAAGAAGAGAAGCAAGAAUGGAUUCAGGUCAUUCAGGCCACCAUCGAGAAGCACAAACAGAACAGUGAGACCUUCAGGGCCUUCAGCAGCACCUGGAGCCAGGAUGAGGAGCUCAGCCCAUCUCCGGAGUCACCAAUAGUGAACGCAAGCUCCACGGAUCCCUUGGUGGUGACUGACGGCAGUGGAGGUGCCCCAGGGCUGGAGUCCAGAAAGCUGUCCUCUAAGGCCAGACGUGACAAGGAGAAACAGAGCUGUAAGAGCUGCGGCGAGACCUUCAACUCCAUCACCAAGAGGAAACACCACUGCAAGCUGUGCGGGGUGGUCAUCUGUGGGAAGUGCUCUGAGUUCAAGGCUGAGAACAACAGACAGAGCCGUGUCUGCAAAGGGUGUUUUCUAACUGAGCCUGCAGCCCCCACAACCUCCAGCACCGAGUCAUCCACUGAGCCCAAGCAGAGCACACAGCUAUCCUCUGCAGAUCCCCAGCCCAAUGUGCUCUGCGGCCCCCUGCGACUCUCGGAGGAUGGUGUGGCCUGGAAUGAGGUGUGGGCUGCCAUCCCCGCCUCAGCCCCUCAGGUGCUGCAGCUGCAGGGAAGUGGCCAGGAUGGCCCGCUGCUGAACACCAUCCAUCUACCCGGCUGCACAGUGCAUGUGCCAGACCCCAAGGAGGCACAGGAGGCUGGGCACACAUGGAAGCUGCAGCAGGCCCAGCAGUCUUGGUACCUGAGCAGCUCCUCCUCAGAGCUACAGCAGCGCUGGCUGGAGGCUCUGAGAGCCGCUGCCCAUGGGGAUACAGCUCAGGACAGUCCAGGCGUCCAGCAACCUCAGAGCCCAGCAGACACAGCUGCUCCAUGAACAAUGCCUCCUACAGAUCUUUACAUUGCCUGUGCUCUCCGGGGAGCUGACAUCAGGGCCCUGUGAAGGAAUGAGUCUGGGAUGCUGAAGAUAGGCUGAUGACCUGGAGCUGGACAUUUGGCCCUUGGGGUCUUCUGGAGGAAACUGAGGCCCAGAGUGGAACAGCCACCUGCCCACAAGGAUCCAGCUAGUCCAAGGCAAAAGCUUGGUCUCCAGCGCCAGCCCCAGCAGUGUGCCCAGAGCAGUGAAUAUGGGCCACUAUGUAAAUCCACGUCAUCUGAGCAGGCUGAGCAGCGGUGCCAUCUCCAAAAGACAGAGGACUGUUGGGUGGUGCCCAGGGUUGGCAACAUCCCUCCUGGUCUGUAUUCACCACUGGGGCUGGUAGGGUUGUCUGCACCUCAUCCUAGCCUCUUCCCUUGUCUUAGUUAUUUUGUCUUUUUUCGGAGACAAAAUACCCAACAUCCACAGUUAAAGGAAGAAAA